AUCGUGGCUAUUGUGAUUGGUUGUUUAAGGUCAUUUGGUAGGUCGUUGUAAAAUUUCAAGUUUACCUGUCCAUGGUAUGAGAAAUGAUUCUCACAAUAUUAGUAGUACUUUGGGUGGUAGCGUACAUUUACUUCUAUUUCAAGUCAAAAUCGGACUUCCCACAUUUCGUUCCUGUAAUGAUUAUAAUGGGGUCUGGAGGACAUACAAGUGAAAUGCUCUCUUAUGUCUCAUCACUCACCACAAAAUACCAGCCGCGUACAUACGUAAUAGCAAAAACUGACGCUUUGAGUGAGGAGAAGGUCUUAAAUUGUGAAACCCGUCGUGGAAUUCUGUUUGAUAUCAAACGCAUACACAGAGCUCGCGAAGUAAGACAGUCAUUUAUGAGCAGUAUCUUAAGUGCAUCAGUUUCUUUCCUGCAUUCGUUGCCUCUUGUUGUCCAGUGUCGACCGAAAUUAAUUCUGUGCAAUGGUCCUGGAACAUGCAUUCCUGUAUGCUUUGUGGCGCUUUUGCUUCGGGUACUUGGACUACAUUCAAGUCUAAUAGUCUUUGUUGAAAGUAUCUGUCGUACGAAAACGCUGUCGUUAUCUGGAAAAAUUUUAUAUUAUACUCGUUUGGUGGAUGUUAUUGUACAAUGGCCUGAGUUAAAGACUAAAUACCCGAGAUCUGUUUAUCUGGGACUUUUGUCAUAGAAAAGUGACCUACUACAUAUGACCGUGAUAUUUUGCGUAUUUUCUUUUGUAUUUCUUUUAUAUAAUGGAUUCUUAUAAUCUAUAUGUAUUUUAAUAUAAAUUCUAGAAAAGAA